UGCUGAAAUUAAGUUCGUUCUAGCGUUUAAUACGUUAUCAAUCGCUAUCAUUACCAGGCCGUAUAUAAGGAUGCCAAUACAGCCUCAAAGGCAGUUCACAAGCAACCGUCUCUUGUUUAACAUCUAAAGGAGAGUAGAAAAAUACUAAACAAGGGUUACUAUGCAUUACGGGAGUUACCUUUUCCUAGCAUUGCUUUGUAUUUUUCAACCGAUAAUAUCGAAAGGCAAUAUUGUUGAUGGCAGAGAACGCUGCGAUCGAUCAUUAUGCUCUGAACUUUCUGACAGAAGAUCGUAUCGAGACGUUCGUAAACAUUUCUCAGUAAGCUCUCCCAAUAAAAUCUCAACGGAAGUCUCCUUAACUCGAGAUGAUCGACGCCGGAAAACUUUGCGGAACCAAGAACGAAUAGAUAGCAUCUUGCAACGAAAUACUGAAGCAAUUAGGCAAUUGAGAACCGAUGAAUUAAGAUCUCAGAGACGUUUUCAGUAUCUCAAACAAAGAAUUAUUCUUGAUGUUAGAUCACCAUAUGACCACAACUUUGAUGACGCCACUCGUAAGGUGAGAUUUGAUCGAAGUUUGGCACUAUUGGGCGCUAGACGAAGUGCAUCAUCAACAGAACGAGCGGAUACGAUUGAAUCAAGAGUUAAGAGAGAGCGCCGGAAUCGGGAAAAUUUCAGAAGUGUUGACGAUUUAAGACAAUGUGAGAGACGUAUCACUCGGAAUCGUUAUUCACUUGAGCGUAAUAUUGAUGUACCUCGUGAUGAGUCUGAGCGUAGGCAUAAUUUAGAAAGGAGAUUAUCUCGGAAUGCAUAUCAUAGAAGACAAGAAACUAGACAAAGGACUCAUGUCUCUCCAAAUCGUUCUCGAUCACUGGCAGGGGAGCAAAUACGAGAGAUACGAGUUCGAAAUGCUGAGAAUCAGGAGAGAAGAGAAAGACGCAUUUCAAUUGAAAAUCGACGCAAUGCCAACAAACGUAGUGAUACUCUGGAAGUGUUACGGAAUAUCAACUCACAAAAGCGUGAACGAUUUAUCGCUACUCUGAAUAGAGAAGAAAUGAGAGAAGGUGUCGAAAGGACAAUUCGAGGAAGUUUUACUCGAUCGAGAUCUCUUACACGUUCAAACCUUCGAAAUAGUGUUGCUGCAAAUAUGCGUGGGCGCAAUAUCAAUUUUAUUCGAGAGAAAAGAGAACUCGAAAGCCUAGACGGAGAACGAUCUGAGACACGCAGAGAUCAAUCAAGAGGCUUGUAUGUGGAACUUAGAGACAUGGAGAGGGAAUUCGCUGGGAGACAAUAUGGUAGAUAUAUGGUUAAUGACAAAGCGCUAGUUCGUGAAAUUCGAGGGAAUUCUGAAAUACAAAAGCCUUCUAGAACGAUGUCACGUGGUGCAGAUCGAGAACGUGUUGCUCGAUCAGAAUUGAGGGAAAAUUCACCAAAACUUUUCCGAGAGGCGGAGAGAUUCGCUUCUAGAUAUGAAAGAAGAAACAAUUUGCGAGAUACUAAUGAACACGUAUCACGUAUCGACAUAUCCAGAAAUCUAUUAAAUUCAUUCAAAAACGAAGAAAAAUAUGGAAUGUUGAAUUGGCAAAUAGUAUUCUACACGCUACAAGGCAUAUAUCUAUGUAGUAUUUUAGUUAAAGCAUUGAAUAGAAAUGAUAAUUCUGUUAAGAAAAAUAGAUCCUUUGGAUGGUUUCCUCUAUCAACUGCAAUGAAGAGUGAUUGA